AUGACCACAUCCAACGCUGAGGCCACCGGGCCAUUUGCGUCCAUGGACGACCCCUUCGUUGCGAAUUCCGGAAGGCCAACUGCUCGUCGCGACUCCAAUCGAUACUCGCCCUUUGAUAGUCAGUUAUACAGCCUGAAUGCGUCUUCACCAGCACAAGCUAAACGGGCCCUCGAGGCCCACUUGGCGGAGACGGAGCGCCGUCUGGAGGAGGCCUCAAGGCUAGGAACGGCCCUUAUCGAUCAGCAACGGCAGCUCUCGGAGCAGUUGAAGGAGGUUGAGCAGGAGCAGAAUGAGGGAGAGAUGGGCCCGGAACUGCGACGCAAACUGGCAGAUUUGGAAAAGGAGUACAAUGAGAUCGGCUUGGAGUCAGCACGAGCGUUUUUAGGACCCAAACGUCUUGCCGGAGGCCCGGAGGAUGCUCAACUUGGAACGCUAUCUUUCGAUCAAAAGUCACCCUUAAAUUCCGCUUUGUUCGCCAGUCAAGCCACAAACUCCCCUAGCAAAGUCAGCGUUCCAUCCCGCAAGCAGCGCAAUCAACCGUCGAACCGUGUCCACGAUAUCGAAUUUGCGACUGAGAUCUCCACUUCACUUUUGGCCCAGGUCCGCCAACUGCAAGCUCUUCUCGCAGAACGAGAUGAGACACUCAAGUUUGUUAAUUUGGAAAAAUCUAGACUUGAGUUGGAGGCAGAGGGUUAUGAACAAAGGAUCCGGGCACUCGACGACAGUGAGCAACGCUACAAGGACGAGAACUGGGCGCUGGAGACUCAAGCACAUGAAUUUAUGGCAGCUGCAAGGGAGGCCGCGGAACGUGAACAACGGCUCAACACUACCAUCACGUUGUCGACUUCGGAAAAGAACGCCGCGGAACGAGAGCUGGAGGAGCUAAGGCAGACCAAUGCGAGGCUGCUUGAGGAUCAGAUCCUCACGCAGAAGGCAAAUGAUGCGGAAAUCCACCUCUUGCGGAGGAACCUGACUGCUGGCGAUGCGGAAAAGGCCGCGCUCCAAAAGAAGCUGAUAGAGAUGACUUCUCAAAAUCAAGAACUCGCCAAGGCCGUUGCCAUGAGGCUCCGGGACUAUGAAAACCAAAACUCGAGGGAUAUUGCAUAUGACGACGAGGACAAUGAGCCCGAGCAGAUCACACCUGAAAGCUCUCCGCCACCGUCCCCCAACAAGUUCACUCCCCGCCAUGGCCAUCUCGAAUCGGAAACAUUGAAGAGCUCGCUCGGCCAUGCUCAUCGCAUGAUCCAGAGUCUUAAGAGCACAAUUCAUCGCGAGAAGACCGAAAAGAUUGAGCUCAAGCGCAUGCUGCAAGAGGCUCGGGAUGAAGUUGAGCAACGCCGCCGUGAGAGCACUACGGUAAACGCAACCAGCAAACGCCAGAAGACGAAGACGGAGCCGUCCCGAAAGCCUCCCCGCCCAGAUCUUUUGGGCGCAGGCCGCAAAGAGAUAUCAGUUGUUGAGCUUAACGACACCGAUUGGGAAGACAAUGCGGGCCAAAUCAGUCCUACCGAGACCCACACCAAGGCGUUAUCCACUAGAGGCCGCUCUCGCUCGCCGUCUCCCGAUGAACCUAGCGACGUCUACCAUACAGCCACCGAGGCGGAAGAUGGAUUUGAAACAGCGAAUGAGAUGGCAACCGCAACUGAGAGCGAAGCAUUCCAGACUGGUGUCGAAAGCAUGGCGGAUGACAGCAGCGAUUCUGCAGAUCUUACCGAGACAGAAAACGUACAGACAACUCCUCGCCGCCGAGUGCCUUCUCCCCUGCUCCUGGCCAAAGCUCGCAAUCGCAACUCAUAUAACAGCACUGCUUCCGCAUCUUCCGAUGAGGAAGAAUAUGAUAAAGUGUUCGACUCUCCGAGCCAAAGGAAUGCCUCCAGACCCCGUGUUAAGUCUAAACGUAGCGUGAGACGCAUUCGUCCAUCUGGAGAGGCCACAUUCGCAUCAACCAGUCGACCUUCGAGUUCACGCGAAUCCGCAGCACCCAGCUUUGCGCCAGUGCCAAUAGCUCAAGAGGGCCAGAGCCUCUUUGCCGAACUUGGAGAGCUCGAGAAUAUUGAGGAUGACGAAGUAAACUCCCAGGCUUCGACACCCCGCAUGGAGCCUGCAUCGGGCUCACGCAGACCCUCGGAUGCAAUGCUGGAUGCACUACCUAAGCCCGCAAUGGUGGAUUCUGGUGUUAUGACUGAACCUUGGGAGCCCACGUCUAUCAGUACUGGCAUUGUUGCUGGAGCUGUCGGUCUUGCUGCAGGAGCUGCUCUGCCGCAUGCUCUUGCACCUGACGCAACUCAAACAGACCGGGAGAUCGGCGAGGAAACAAAGGCGACUCCACUCAAGCCCUCAUCUGAUGACCCAUCGAAUGUUUCUUCCCCGCAAAACAUGCUUGUGGGCGAUCGUUCGGUUCAAGACCAGCAGGACGAUGUCAACGCUCAACCAGAUCUACCCGAAAUGGGCAUAGCGCACGUUUCUUCCCAAGAAACCACGCCUUCCGCACCUAAGCGUCCUGAUCUGAGUGUCUCAUUCAUUACCGGGGGCACCACCACACCAGUGAAGCAUGUCCUGCCCGCACCGGAAGUGCCGGAGAUGACGAUAUCUUCAAUUUCAUCACAAACAUCUCAUCCUAUUCAACCAACGGUUUUCGUGCCUGAGCCAAUCAUCAAGCAUGUCGAGGUUAUCAAAUACGUGGAACGCGAGCCGGAGGUGCCCGAGCUGACAUUCUCCUCCAUCACCACUCAAUCAACCUCCCCUGUCCAAGCAACAGUUGCUGUGCCAGAGCCUAUCGUCAAGUACGUCGAUGUGAUUAAAGAGGUUGAACGCGAGCGUGAAGUUCCAGAACUGAGCUUGUCGUCUGUCGCCGCUCAGUCGACAGUACCUAUCCAGGCAACUAUUGCGGAACCAGAACCCGUCAUCAAAUACGUCGAGCGCGAGCGCGAGAUCCCCGAGUUGACAUUAUCUUCCAUUAAUAAUCAUUCUACUGCGCCUGUUCAGGCAACACUUGCUGUGCCGGAGCCUGUCGUCAAGUACGUUGAUGUGAUCAAGCACGUUGAACGCGAGCGUGAAGUACCAGAGUUGAGCUUCUCUUCUGUCGCCGCUCAGUCGACGAUACCUGUCCAGGCAAUCCAGGCAACUGUUCCCGAGCCGGAACCCAUCAUAAAAUACGUCGACGUAAUCAAACACGUCGAACGCGAGCGCGAGAUCCCCGAGUUGAGCUUCUCUUCCAUCAAUAAUCAAACGACUGUCCCUGUCCAGGCAACUCUUGCUGUGCCGGAGCCUAUCGUCACGUACGUCGAACGUCAGCCUGAGGUGCCUGAAUUGACCUUCUCCUCUAUCACUGCUCAAACCACCGAGCCAGUCCAAGCAACUGUUCCCGAACCGCAGCCGCCUGUCAUUCAAUACGUUGAUGUCAUUAAGCACGUUGAACGUGAGCGCGAAGUGCCAGAGGCAAGCUUCUCUUCUAUCACCACCCAAUCCACUGCGCCUGUACACGCAAUACUUGCCAAGGCGGAGCCGAUUAUUGAAUACGUCGACGUUAUAAAGCACGUUGAGCGCGAGCGCGAAGUGCCUGAGUUGACGUUCUCUUCGAUCACCACUCAAUCUACUACGCCAGUCGAUGCAACUGUUCCUGAACCCGAGCCACCUGUCAUCCAAUACGUCGAUGUUAUCAAGCAUGUUGAACGUGAGCGCGAAGUACCGAACUUGACGAUCUCUUGCCUCGAUCCCGCAUAUACGGAGCCUAUUGUUCCAAAGCCCCGCCUUGUCCCUACGCCGGAAUUGUCAUUCUCCUCCGUGCGCUCUGUGGAAACUCAUCCAGCGAAGUCUAUGCCAUUUGUCAUCCCUGCGGUGGCAGACUUAUCUACUCAAAUCGAGCCGACAGAGUCAAAGGCUGGGGCCGCUGUGAUGGUCCCCGGAGAGCAGCCUGUUGGCGCUACUCGUAGCCGCCCUAGCACAGCUAAUAGUGAUCAGCUCGCUGGUGCUGGACUGGCCUUGAACGAUAUCUCUGGCAACGCCCUACCUCGUUCUGUUAGACAGCAACCUAGUUCAGUGAGCAUGGACCAAGGAUCCCAGACUAUCCUGUCCUCUAAACAGAUAGAUCAAAUCCUCAUGGAUCGUGUGUCCGCACGCCCGCUGUCUUCCGACAGUCAGGUGACGGACAGCUCACGGGAGAUUGCCUCAGUCACUGCAAGUAUCACAACUCCUCAUGUACCACCCAAGGCUCCGACGCGACCUCGCCUUUCGCAAAUUCAGGCUGCGAAGCCAACAACGCCAAGUCACCGCCGGCCCCACAGUUCAGCCAGUCAGACAUCUGGUGCCAGCCAUCCUCCACUACCCUUCGAUCACCGGGAAGCUAUCACAGCAGCCGAGAAGAAGUCCAUCGACGUGGCUCCGCCAUCCCCUACGUCUGUCAUGGGGCCUCCUUUGGCACCUGCCUCUGCCUACCGCAUGAACUCCCAGCGCCCACUUACGCCAAGCGAACACGCUGCGCGGGCAAGCUCUUCAAGAACCGGUUCAUCUCAGGCCAGAAUGAGGAGAGGAAGUCAAAGCCAGAUGUCUCGACGAUCCUCAGUCUCGUCUUUUGCGUCUGAGCUCGAGGAGCGUUUCAAUAUGGCCCCUCAAGUUGGCCCCAUGCCUCAGGGCUAUGGACCUAAUACUGAUCCGCGCAUGAUCCAGGCGAUUACUCAGACCAUGAUUGGUGAAUUCCUUUGGAAGUACACUCGAAAGACCGGCUCGUCGGAUAUGUCCACAACACGGCACCGACGAUACUUCUGGGUUCACCCGUAUACCCGUACUCUGUAUUGGAGUACGCAGGACCCGCAAACUGCCGGAAAGACUGAGCUCCGUACCAAGAGUGUGCCUAUCGAGGCUGUUCGAGUGGUUGCCGACGACAAUCCGUAUCCUCCGGGUCUUCACUGCAGGAGCUUGGAGGUUGUCAGUCCUGGCCGACGAGUUCGCUUUACGGCUACGACGAGCCAGAGGCAUGAGACGUGGUUCAACGCGUUGUCUUACCUCCUUCUGAGGGAGACCAACGAGAGCUGCGAGGACAAUAACAGCGUAUCCCUUGACGACAUCAACGAGUUCAACCCCCCAAGCUUCCGGUCUAGCUCUCGUCAGAACGCACGACUGUCGUUCUCAUCUUACAAUAGCCGCACCGCUCGUCAUGCAUCCAAGCAACAGCGGCGAGCGGCCUCGGCGAUGUCCAUGCGAUCCUCCGGGACUCUCGGUGGCCGUGCGUCACCGGCGCUCAGCUCACCUGUACCAAACUCGUCGUUGCAAGUUCCUGAUGAUCGCCAACGUUCUUCGUCAAGACUCAGCACCAUCUCAAGUUCGAUUCGGGGAUCCAUCGCAAGUCUGAAGGUACGGCACGGUCAAUCUCCCAGUAUCAACGAUGAAGUUCUUCAUGGCCAAGAAAGUGCCGAUGAUCUGAGACAAGUGAUCGAAACCCAGGAGCAAGACCGACUUGAAAAUGUCCGUGCCUGUUGCGACGGAAAACACGAUGUUGGCUCCCUUGCUCGCACCAGUCGGUACAGCCCGAGGGUCAAUCGCAUGCACUCACCCCACCAUCGCUGA